UUCUCAUGAGGGGGCAGGGACCAGAAUGGGUCCCGGGGUGAGCUUUCAUGGGGUGCAGAUUUUUGGGUGUACUAUUGUGAGAUAUUUUAUGAAAUUUUCUUGGAAAAUAGCUUUUUGGAACAAAUAUAGUGUAGAGAAUGUUUUUAGUGCGUAUAGUCAGUAUUUUGGCAAUGGAGCAUGUACUUUUGUACUACCUUUCGGGGGCCAAGUAUCAGAAAAGACUAACGAGAUGCUUUGUGCAAACCACAUCCAACCUAGAUGAACGUCUAGAAUAUAUUCAUGAUAUAUUCAGCAGUAUGAAAGCUAACAUAACGAAGUUUGCACUUCAAUGGGGCCCAGGUUGCUAUUUAGCUGGUGACUUGAAGGUGACAUUUCUGCGUCUUAAAGCAGCACAGUGAAGGUAGCAGCAGCUGGAAAGGUAAGAGCCCCCUCCCCCCCUUCCAGACAUACUGUAAUAUACUAGUGUGGUCAUAUGUGAAGGAUUGCAGGAGCACAUGCUGUUCCUUCAUUUUGUGAAAGCAGAAAAAAAACCACAUUUUACUAAAAUGCAAAAAAUGUUUCUGGAAUGGUGCAUGUCUUUUUAAAGGUGUAUUUACAUGAAUAUUUGCAUGAAAGGCAUCCGCCGAGAGGCUGUUCUUUGUGCAUCUGAGUUGAGCUUUGGGCUGCUAAUUCCCUUUUACAGGAGUGGGAUUAUGUGCUAUUCUAAAUCCCAAUCCCCAUAUGGAGUGUGUGUGUGUGUGUGUGCGUGUGUGUGUGUGUGUGUGCAUGCACAUGGAUGAUGUCACGGCCGGGACGAAGGGACAAACAGGAAAUCAAACAUGGCAGAUUGACGACAUGGCCUGGCCAAGCCAUACCGGUUAGCAUUCUCAUUAUGAAAUAUGGGACAUUUUCUGGAAAAAUAAGGGAAAUUCUGAUUUUCCACAAGAAUUUCGAGGAAAAACAUGGCAACUAUUAAGAUACGAAUACGAUAAAAUACGAUAAAAUAUGAAAACUGGAGGGUGGUUUAUAGAUGCUGCUUUAUGCACAAGUUUAACAUUUUUUAAUGCAUUUCAUCCAAGCAAAACAUUUCAAUGGUUGCAGCUGCCGGGGUUCUGCAAUGACGUCAGCCUCCCUCUGAGCUCCUCGAGCUCUCUCUGGUGGACAGAGGCAGCAUUGCACAGCUUUGGCAGGAAUAACCAACGAAAUGCUUUGUUGGGAUGAAAUGCAUUAUGGGACAAUGAGUUUCACUUUUCAUUUUAAAGCGAUAUUGUAUAUUUCUUAGCUACCUUUAGAUUGUUAAGUGGCUGUGUGAUGAUUUGAGCAUUCUUUGUAAGAUGAUGGGUGAGACUAUCAUAUGGAGUAAUGACCUCCUGCUAUCUCCAAUGUGUUGAUAAGAUCAUCAUAGUGAUAGCGGUGAGUCUAUAAAGUAAAGGUGAGUAAAAUACCGAGCCAAGAACGCCGUUGGAUGCUAGUUCCAACGUGGGUGCAUCAUAACUUAUCUCCUUGAUCCACAUGCUCCACACCGUCAAGAUCUUCAGUAGACAUGAUGGCACAUAGAAGAUGUAGAAGACCUUGUUGCUCCGCCCAUUUCCUCUCAUUCUCCAUUUCUGUCAGGGACAUGAGGCUUACGGGCCAGGGCAAGGGGGCGGGGUCAAAGAGGCUCAGUCUGGGGGAUUAUCAUUGUACUCUCCACACACACACACACACACACACGCAAUUUAGGCUGAUUUGGAUGACUGCUGAGGUUUUAAGCGAGGACUUUAAUCAUUCCCAUCAGCGCAUCCAAGUCUUGGUCAGGCAGUCGCCGUGGAAACGAGCAGGCUGGAGACAAAAAAAAGUUUGUCCGCUCGGGAUAUGAGAUCUUAGUGGAGGACAGGCAGAUGGAGGGAGAGUGGGCCUAUCUGAGCGGAUCCAGAGGAGGAGGGAGGAGGACGGAGAGGAUGUGCUGGCGGGAGGAGAGGAAGAGGAGGAAGAAGGUGGCGGAGGAAGGCCCCGCCAGCCUGCAGAGACACCUGGACAACUCAUCAUCGGUGUCCAGCGGCUCGUACGGUACCAGAACCUUUAUCGAACACCACGAUGGUCGCAGUUCGGCGGCGAGCAACCUGGACGUGGCGGAUCGGCUGACCUACCUGGAGCAGAGGAUGCAGAUGCAGGAGGACGAGAUCCAGCUGCUGAAGAUGACCCUGGCCGAUGUCCUCAAGAGGCUCAACAUCUCCGAGGAGCAGCAGGCCGCCACCGCCGCUGCCGCCGGGGGGAGGAGGAUGCCGGGCGCUAAAGGGAGGCCGUUGUCGCUGGCUCUACCCUCCAGACCCCCCAUGGCGGCCUCCACCGCCGCCAGCUUGAGGAAGAGCUCCACGCUGCCCUCCAGCGCCACGGGCAGGAACUACAGCCCUACGCCUUCUCGCAGUGGCGUCAGGAGCCCAGCGGGAAGCGUGAAGGACAGUCCUUGUAAGACCCCCAAAACACGGCCAUGCUCAUCAGCUUCCACCUGUAAAACAGCCAAUGAAGGGAGCAGCAGGUCCAGGGAAGGAUCGGUAACUUUAGGGACAAGGCGAGUGACAAACUGCAAAGUGACUAUGCAGAUCUAUCUGAGCCCCCACGCAAGAAAGACUGGGUCUUCUGAGUCUUCGACCGCGUCCGCCCCCAGUGUGCCUGCCGGUGGCGGCGGGCCAGGUCAUCCUCAAGCGAGGGGUGGAGCCACCACAGAGGCGCGGAGGAAGAGCCCGUCCUUCACUUUGAACCUGCAGAAGACCACCACUAACGUCAGCAACAAUAAGAAUACACAACAGGACGCUGCUAACUUCACAGGUCCACUCAAGUCGCCCAGUCACUACUUUCAGAUUUGUUACUGAGGAAGCAAAACAUUCAUCUUCUUUAAUAUCAUCUAAUAUCUCAUCUCUAUUAAAAAGCUAAAACUCCUUUCUUGGACAACAUUUGGCCAUCUAUUGAAUUCAGUUACUUUAGACAUCUUUCAUGUUUCCUGCUUAUUUGUUGUUUGUUAUUGCUUUUUUAUCAAGUGUGUGUGUGUUUUUGCACUGUUUAACUUGCUGUUCUGUAGUAGAACUUCCACAUUAUGCAUUUGCUAACACACAGUACUGUACUAUACGUACUAGAAUGUAAGGUUAAGUAGGGAUGAAUAAACUAACCGUGCUGUGAUGUCAAA